UGCUACUGGUUUAUGUGUCGUGUGUUUUUACACUUCAUAUAUUUUUAGAAAAAAUGUUUUUUUUAAAAAAUCAACUAUAUUUCACCCAUGAAUUGUGACCAUGAAUGAUUUGCUAACAGCUCAUCAAUGACGUCACGUGGGCUUCAAUCACACAUUAUACAUUUUAGCUGUUUCUAUCUGAACAAAGCUACAAAAAUUUAACAGAAUCUAUUUCUUACAAGUGUCUGUUAAAGUCGAACCCUUUAAGAUUCUGGCUUAGCAACACGAUCCAUUUUUUUAUGUAUUCUGCCCCCUUGUGGACUAGGGCUGGAGUUACAUACACAGAAAAACGGAUUGUGUUAUCGUUGUGUUGCAUUAAAGAAAUGUGAGCUAAAGGAGGUCAGGCUCCUCCUGCAGGAGGUUUCCUCCGUCAGUCCGACCCUCUGCAGAAGCACCAUCACUCCCUUUGACUCCACGUCUGAAACAGAUGUGUUUAAACCUGGCGGCCGGAGCUUCUAAUCCUGAAGAUUUGGACCAGAGUUCUGAGGGUUUAAAUGUGUAUGGUUAUAUUUGCACCGAUUUUUGCCAUCUGUGCUUUCGCGACAUGUGGAGGAUACCAUGGUCAUCUCCAGGUCAGAGUGGACUGUGCAGACCGGAAACAGAGAAACCUCAGCGUCGACGUUGACUUCGGUUACCCCUUCAGGUUACAGCAGGUGCAUUUCCGGACGAUGGUGUGUGAGGGCAAGAGAAGCGAAGUUCUCUUCCUGGACGGCGACUUCUCCCCGGCCGCUCAGUUCUUCGUGGCUGUGGGCGUCUUCGCUUUCCUCUACUCCCUGCUGGCAACCGUCGUCUACGUGUUCUACCAGAAGAAGUACUUGAAAAACAACAGAGGUCCAUUUGUGGAUUUCGUGGUCACCGUGAUUUUCUCCACCGUGUGGCUCAUCAGCAGCUGCUGUUGGGCCAAAGCUCUGUCCGACAUCAAGCGCGAAACAGACCCGACCCACGUGGCUCUGCUGCUCUCCGCCUGCAGAGCUCAGGAGAACAAGUGUUCGGUUACCCAGGAGCCUCUCUGGUCACGUCUUAAUACAUCAGUGGUGUUCGGCUUUGUCAACGUCGUCCUGUGGGUUGGAAAUAUUUGGUUCGUCUUUAAAGAGACAGGGUGGUACAAGACGGGUCAGCGGUACCCGACAAGGAUCGCUUCUGUGAAACGUUCGAGCGACAUGAGGCAGCGGCUCUACAACGAGAGCAGCUUCGAGCAGCCGGACGACGGUUCCGGCCCACAGUUCUCCAGACAAGACAGUGUCCGUCGGUCAAAGGUGGACAUCGGUCAGCAGGUGAACAGACAGGCUAGUUUCGGUCAGCCACAGGUUAGCUUCAGUUUACCGCAGUCGUAUCUGGGUCAACCAGCCGUGACUGACCCGGAGAACAGAGGGCCUUCACAGGGGCCGCGGAUAUUUGUCAACCAGAUGUGAUGUAUUGUGUCAGAAAUCUCUUCAAUAUUGGUUUGAAACAAAACGUUAUUUUAAAAAAAAAGUUUUGUUUGUUUAAUGUUUUUUGUCUUUGCCAUAGUAUAAAAAAAUACAUGCAUUUACUUUAUUUGACUUUUAUUUGCUGUUGACCAGUAAAUUAGGUGCAUUUUACUCAUUUAUUUCAUAUAAUAUUAAUUAAUUUAAAUAAUAUGAAAUAAUUAUUUAGUCCAUGCUAAAUUUGAUUGGUUCUUGAUGGUGUAACAAAAUUGUACUUUUGAGUAAAUUGUGUUUUGUUUUUGUUUUUUUCAAAUAUAGAAUGGUCUCAUUGUCUUAUUCUAACUACGGUAUGUAAUAAUUAUAUGUACGAAAUGAUUGUUAUUAUUUAAUUGUACUCAUGUCGACCUGACUUUCUAAACAUGUCAUGAAUAAGUGAGGAAAUAAUAAAUGAAAUGUUGAGAGUUUUUCUUAUUCUUACUGGAUACAUGGACCAGUCUGGAACAAAAACA